GGGCUAGUUUCAUAACUCUCACACAACAGGAAGAGACUGCAGCAAACUCACAGAGGAACUCAGAGAGAGCUAGAGGACCAGUCAUGGACAGGAGGCCGGAGACAGUAGGGGCUUCGGCCCAAGUGGCCCCGGAUCGCGUGAGGGACCUGCAGAGUGAGGUGGAGGGUGUGAAGAAUAUUAUGUCUCAAAAUGUGGAGCGAAUCCUAGCUCGAGGGGAGAACCUGGACCACUUGAGAAAUGUGACGGAAGACCUGGAGGCCAGUUCUGAACACUUCAAGACGACAUCGCAGAAAGUUGCCAGGAAAUACUGGUGGAAAAACGCAAAGAUGAUCGCUAUAAUUUGCGUCGUUGUUGGGGUCAUAGUCCUGCUCAUCAUCCUCUUGGCCACCGGGGUCAUCCCCACAUAGAUAUCCUCUAUAUCCACGCUCUUCUUCAUCCCUUCCCUGAAGACUCGUGCUGAUCCCGAAUGAACCCCUGGCGAGGAAUCCUGAUAUUGUGACCGACUGUGUGCGCCCUCCACGGGAUAUAAAUUGUCUGUGUAUGAAUGGAUCCUGUUUUUAAUAUCCGCCAUGUCUAUAUGUAUGUCUAGUUUCCAUGUUCUGUAAUUUCAGAAAAUCGCUAAGCCGAUCAAAUACCCUUUGUGCUCUUGCAAUGUGCCAAGCUGCCUGGAUUUUGGGGGCGGCCAGCGCUUGCUUACAGUGGAGGUGGUAGUUUAAAGUGAAGCAUUAGGGCCACGGAAUGGCUAUGUGACGUGCCCUGCUGGCUCUUGAUCUGUCCAGUAGAGGGAGUAUUUAUUCAUGCAGAGUAUGGGGUAAGUCAUGACUAUGCUUCAAGCAGACCGGGAGACUAGAGUCUACAAUGCCCAGAGUUACCCUAUAAGCUUAGACAUAUGUCAUGACGUUACAAAAUAGCGGCCUCCACUGUGAUCUGUAAACGGUACUAUUAAAUCUUAUCUGCAGACGUUUUUUUGUUACUCGUCUCCAUUGCCCUUUUAUAAUGUAUUGCUUUACUACCUAUUGUAAUAUUACAGUCACCAAACCAUUAAAGGGGUAUUCCGCUAACUUCUUAUCCCCUAUCCACUGGAGAUGACUAAAGGAUUGGUGGAGGUCCGACUGCUGGAACCCCCACUGAUCGUGAGAAUAGAGGUCCUGUACCCCUGUCCUGAUGGAGCAAGGUCGAGCAUGUGCACUUCUGCUCCAUUCAUUCUCUUUGGGACUGCUGGAGAUAUACUUAAUCCAUAGAGAAUGAAUGGAGCAGCAUGGGGCAUGCUUAACCAGUCGAUCUAUUCCCUCCAUUCUCGUGAUUGUGGGGGUCCCAGUGAUCAGACUGUCACCAACAGGGGGUAACUUCUUAUAUGGGGAUACCCCUUUAAGCAGGAAUAUGCUAACUACCUGUAGCCACCACUAGGGGGAGCAGGCUGCAUAUUGUAUAUAUAUUGAUCACAGUAAUAACACAGUAUUCAGUAAGCUCCCUCUGGUGGCGGCUACAGGUAUUUAGUCUAUGCACAGGACUUAGGGCUCCAAUCGCUAUGAAGAAAUUAGUUUGCACAGAACUUUAGACCUAAAAACAAUAGGAUAAUAAAAGUUGGACCUCUUUAGUGUAAAUUGAUUGCUUGGUCAUGGUGGAUCAUCAAUUGGGGACAGGGAAGUCACACCACAGUGGGGAUGAGGAAGACCUGUGCUUGUACAUACAAAAUAAAUGUAUCACUGAUGCGAAAAGAAUGUAAUUUAGCUAAAUGUAUGUUAAAGGGGUCUUCUAGGAGUAUAAUAUAGAGGACUUAUGCUGAGGACAUGUGAUAAAUAUAUCUGAUCUCUGGGGGUCUGACCGUUUGAAGAGGCCUCUGGUCGGUCACGUGGCCUAGGCGUAGUUCGGUCCCAUUCAUGUAAAUGAGAUUGAGCUGCAAUACCAAGCACAAUGCCCUCACUAAGUAGAUAUGGAUGACCUAUCCUGAGGACAGAUCAUCAAUAUUAUACACCUGGAAAAUACCUUUAAUGGCAGAUUUAAAAAAAAAAAUGUCUCCUAAACAUCCUUUCUGGCAGCUCGGCCUGAGCAUACGGUAACAUUUUAGUGCUUUUUUUUUAUUUUUGUCUUUUUAAUAGCCGGGUCGAGCAUCCUUUUGUAUAUUUCUUCGGUGUGAGCUAUAUCAGCAGGCUGCGCCUAUGCAAGCGGAGAACAUUUUUGUCAUGAUUCUCUCCUUUUUGAUACGUGAUUGUGCUUUACCGGUGUUUUCACUCCAGCUCAAAUACACGAUCUCACAUUGACUAAGUGGUGUGACACUGCAGCAGUUGUCGGGAAGGGUGACAACCCUGCUGGUGUGUAUAUAGCUCUCCAGCUGCUGUAGAACUACAAUUCCCACCAUGCCCUGCUGUAGGCUGAUAGCUGUAGGCAGCCUGGGCAUGCUGGGAGUUGUUGUUUUACAGCAGCUGGAAAGCCGCAGGUUGGCCAUCCCUGAAUUAUAGCUAAUGCCUGCCAUGUGCAGUUACAGGAGGACAUCCAGGGCACUAGAUGAAGAGUCUAAGCUGCCAGAAAUCUGUGCCUAUAGGUUCUUGAGAGGUAAAUCCACCUACUGUUAAAACAAUUUUGCUUGACAUGUCUGCUUUAGUAAAUAAAUGCUUGUGCUUGACCCUCUGUUAUUCCUCCUGGAAAAUGUCUGAAUGAGGGUGUUGUCAUUCUCUGUCAGCACUGAUUGGGCCGUUCAAUACUGUAGGGACACAU